AUGAAGACGACCCGUAAAUGUCGCGCGCUGCUGUCGGUGGGUCUGAACCUGGUGGCCCUGUUCUUCUCCACCACCGCCUUCAUCACCACGUACUGGUGCGAGGGCACGCAGCGGGUCCCCAAACCCAACUGCAGCAAGCAGCGGCGCCACAACUGCAUCGACUACGGCGUGAACGAGACGGACCAGAACAAGGUGCACUACAGCUGGGAGACCGGGGACGACCGAUUCUUGUUCCGCCGCUUUCACACCGGCAUCUGGUACUCCUGCGAGGAGAACAUCCACGGGGCAGGUGAGAAGUGUCGGAGCUUCAUUGAUCUGGCCCCGGCGUCGGAGAGAGGUGUGCUGUGGUUAUCGGUGGUGUCGGAGGUGCUCUACAUCCUGCUGCUGGUGGUCGGCUUCAGUCUGAUGUGUUUGGAGCUUUUUCACUCCAGCAACGUCAUCGAUGGACUCAAACUGAACGCCUUCGCCGCCGUCUUCACCGUGCUGUCCGGUCUUCUAGGUAUGGUGGCCCACAUGAUGUACACUCAGGUGUUUCAGAUCACGGUCAGUCUGGGUCCUGAAGACUGGAGGCCUCACAGCUGGGACUACGGCUGGUCCUUCUGCAUGGCGUGGGGAUCCUUCACCUGCUGCAUGGCCGCCUCCGUCACCACCCUCAACUCCUACACCAAGACGGUGAUCGAGUUUCGCCACAAGCGGAAGUUGUUCGAGCAGGGCCUGCGCGAGGAGCAGAACUACCUGGACCAAGAGGCUUUCCACUACUUCCGGGACCGCUCCCUUCAGUCCAUCUCCAGCACUGUGGAGGUCUAUCCAGGCCACGGCAGUGUGGGUGGAACCAGAGCCGGGCUUGUUGUUGGUGGGUCAGGUCCCGGUCCUGGGCCGGGUCCUGGGCCGGGUCCCGGUGUAGGACGAGGCCAAAUGAGAGCCACAUCGGCCUCCAUAGACCUGGGGGAGAACACAGACUCGCUGGGGGAGGAGCAGUGCUGAGGAGGGUUAUG